AUGAACACGCUAAAAACAGCCACUCUCAACAGCUUGGCUCUCCAUUGCGGCUACCCCACCGCGUCCACCAAGGCUGCUCGUGUCGCUGCAAUGGCCAACUACGACGCGUUCUUCUCGUCACUACCGGCCUCUCCCACCAUUGUCUCCGUCGACGUGGGAAUCAAAAACUUCUCCUACUGUAAAGUGGCGCAUUCUGACACCCAAGUAUCCAUUGUCGAUUGGAACCACCUCAAUCUCCAUGAAAAAUACGGGUCGACGUACCGUCCCAGGACCACCGAUCCAGACUCCCUCGUGGACUCAAAAGCCUAUAUGGCCCAUAUGUCGGUAGGUGUGGUCAAUGACAUCUUAAUGCCACAAGGUCGGUGGCCAGAUAUCAUCACCAUUGAAAACCAACGCACUCGCUCAAACGGAAAAACAUCAACACUUCCUAAUGUGCUACUCAAUUUCACCUUGGAGAACAUGAUUUACGCUGCAUGUGAGGCACGAGGUGCGUCGACUCACAGAGUGGCUGUGAUGCCCAUGAACUCCAACAAAAUGGUCAACUUCUGGAUCUCGCGCUUCGUCAACAAGUCUAGUGGCAUGUCUAGUGCUCAUUCCAAGACUCUCAGGACCCAGCUCCUAUUUGGUUGGCUUUCUCACCCAAAUCAUUCUCCAUUUGAUCUACAAUUGCCCUCAUUACCCUUGGACUUUGCACAGUUGUCUUAUCGAAAGCAGACCUCUGCAUUACUCCAACUGUUGAAAUUUGAAACUCGUCCCAAGAAGGUCGACGAUUUGGUGGAUUGCCUUCUCUAUAACCUCAUGUGUCUGCUCCAGCUUCGCCACCAUCGUGAAUUAAAACAGGCUCAACAGGAUGGUCACGAUAUCGCCGAAUUGGUCCGUCAUUGGGACUCAUUGCAUUGUCGAUACUUGCGUCCGCUCCUCGCCUCCACCGAGCUAGAACUUGCGGGUGAGUAUAGUAGAGAUUAG